UUUUUUCUAGCGCAAUUAAUUAUUUUUGUUCUUAAGAUUGCUGUUAUUUUGCCGUAACGUCGCCUUUGCAAAAAGUUUAUACUACUAAAUUAUCAUAUCUUGGAAUUAUGUCAUUAGAGAGUUUAUCGCAGUCGUCAAUUAGUUCAACUAGUUCAGAUACGCCAAUUUUAGGUGUUCCACUUCAAUCAACUACAAAUAAGACCCUUAAAACUGUACUUAGUGAUUCAUGGAUAAACUUACUAUAUUUGUUAUUUGUUUUUAUACCACUUGGAUAUUUAGCUCAUGGAUUAAAAUGGAACGGCACUUGGAUUUUUAUUUUAAAUUUUUUGGCGAUAAUUCCAUCGACCAGAUUAAUUGUAUUUGUAAUUAAAGAUAUUUGCCUGAGAGCUGAUCAGUCGGUUGGUGGCUUAUUAAAUGCUACCUUCGGUAACGCAGUAGAAAUAAUUGUUUCCAUAAUAGCACUUAAAGAAGGAAAAAUAACUGUAGUCCAGGCAUUUAUUCUUGGAUCAAUUAUUUCAAACUUAUUAUUAGUAUUAGGAUUGAGUUUUGUUGCGGGAGGGAUUCUUCAUAAAAAACAAGAAUUUAAUAAAACUGCUGCACAAACGAGUUCAAGUUUAAUGACUUUAGCAUGUAUUGGUUUAAUCAUUCCUGCAGCUUUUAUUUCUUUUGCUGAUAAAAUAAAGACGAGUAGCAAUGAUAAACGACAUGAAGAAGAACUUAUAAAUUUGUCUCGUGGAGCAGCAAUUGUUUUAUUAAUAAUUUAUAUUCUUUAUCUUUUAUUUCAAUCAAAAACUCAUACGCAUUUGUACCAAGAUGAAGGGGUAAUCGAAGAUGAUGAACAACCACAAUUAACUCUUAUUGUAUCGUUGUUGUUAUUGGUUGUUGUAACUGUUGCUAUAAUUUUUUCUGCCGAAUAUUUAGUUGAUUCAAUUGAAGGAAUUGGUAAAAAUUCUGGGUUAAACAAAAUAUUUGUCAGUCUAAUUUUAUUGCCGAUUGCUACCAAUGCUACUGUGCAUACCGUCACUGCCACUACAUUAAAAAAUGAGAUGAACCUCGCCAUCAACUAUGCCGUUGGAAACUCAAUGCAAAUCGCACUUUUCGUUUCACCAUUACUCGUUAUACUUGGAUGGAUAAUAGGACAACAAAUGACGUUAUUUUUCAAAACCUUCGAAACUAUUGCGUUAUUCAUUUCAGUUUUGAUAACAAAUUAUCUCAUUCAGGAUGGCGAAUCAAACUGGUUAGAAGGUACUAUGUUACUAGCCACAUAUAUUAUUGUAGGCUUGGCUUUCUUCUAUAACCCCAAUAAUUCUUAGUUAGUAAAUCUUGUGCUUUCGGUGACGCACGCAAGUACAAAUACGCACAUUUUUAUUAAAUAUACCCAUUUAGUAAUUAUCACUUUCAUAAGGCUAAGUACAUUCGUAAGAAACAAUAAUGACUCAGCCAGCGUUAUUGAAAGAUGUUUAACAACUGUAAAUUAUUUCCUAAAUUAUUGCAGUCGCGCGUGAAAUAUGAAUGAAAUAAAAUUGAAAACAAUGGCGGUAAAAUUAAAAUUUGUCAAAU